AUGCAGAAAGCAGCAAGGCAGAGCACUGGCGGAGCCGUGGUUGGGGAGCGGAGCACAACCCAACAGAAGCCCCUGGACUGCCAGUCAGGGCAGCUGGCGCUCAGGGCCUCCCAGCUGCCGGGGCCGCAGGCGCUGAGCAAGGCUGGGGAGGGCAGCGCCUGUGCAAGGGCGCCACCCCCCGGCUCGCUGCGGCGCCGCAGGAGCCGGUGUGGCCCUGCCGGUCGCUGCCCGCGGGUGUGGGGAACGCUCCGGGCAGCGAGGGGCAGGGGCAGCCGCUGCUGCGGAGUCCCCAGUGCUGAGACUCGCCCCGUUCUCCAUGACCGCCGGGAGCCCAGCGGGGAGCUCUCAGUUCCCAGGGGCUGGGAGCUGGGGAAGACCUUUGGCGUGCGGGCAGCGGGGCUCCUCCCGGCCCCGGGCAUCUGGGCGCCGGUCGCAGAUAUACGUCCAGACUGGAGGGAUCGUCCCCGGCUGGGAGGAGCCAGAAGCUCCGUUGCUGUAAACAGUGCGGGCAGCGCCAGCGGUUGGAAGAUGGAUAUAAAUAGGGAGGCGGAGGGGAGGCAGCCGGAGCGGAGGAGCGGGAGCUGCCUGCGCCUGCCUGCCCCUGCAUCUGCCGCCUGCAUCUGCCGCCUGCAGUCGGGGUGCCUAGCAGCCCGGAUCAGGAGCUGCCGAGAGGCAGCGUACAAAGUUUGCGGCUCGGCGCUGCCUGGGAUAGCCGCGGCCAAGGAGCCGGCGCGGCGCACGUGUUGCGGGCAGGGGCUGCCCCGCGGCUGCGAGCAGCAGGUAGCGGCUGCGGGAAGCCCCGGGGAGCCGCGGCUGCUCCUGCCCUUUGCGUCGGACUCGGACCCGGCUCCUGUCCCGGCGUCGCCGCGGGACGCGUCGGGGAAGAGGCCCUGCCCGGAGGCCGCCCCGCACCUCGCCCCGUGGCGACCUGGCUCUGACACCCGCCGCGCUGUCGUGGUGGGCCGGGGGGUGGCUCUGCGCCUCGAGAGCUCCGCCGCCUUCCACUCCCUCGUCAUCCGCGACGGAGGGAGGCUGGUGUUCGCCGACCGCCCCCACGGGCCGCCGAUCUCUCUGCGGGUCCGCUACAUCAUGAUCCACGACGGCGGGGAGCUGCACAUCGGCUCGGAGCGCUGCCCCUACAGCUCACGGGCCACCAUCUCGCUGUACGGGCGAGCCACCGAGGGGGUGGCCGUGGAGGGCUUCGGGCAGAAGUUCGUGGGAGUAGGUCGAGGCGGCGUCCUGGAGCUGCACGGCCGACGGCCCCGCUCCUGGACCCUCCUGGACAAAACCCUGCACCCUGGCGGGCUCCGCCACGGCCCCUACUCCUCCGAGAAGCGGUGGGGCAGCCGCGGGCUCAACCUCCGUAUCCUGGACGCCGGCACGGCGCGGAUGCUGGCGGCGGGCCGCUUCGACACCCACCUGCGGCCCGGUGAGUGCCGGCGACUGCUCACCUUCCUGGCUCAGCAGCCCCCCGGCGCCGUGGUGGCGGCCGCCGUGGGGGAUUCGGCCGCCCGCAGCCUCACGCCGGAGACGCGGCAGCUGCUGCGGGACCUCCUGGGCAGCCGGUUCAUCGCCCGCCUGCGCUACAGGCAGCCCUGGGCGCUGGUGGGGGUCCUCGGAGGGGAUCAUCUUUCCACAGCAGAAGACAGACGGGAGUAUGAUGGGAAUGGAACAACGGGGUUAGCUGUAGCCCAAAGAGACUUCCUCACCUACGAUGGCACCUGCUUUACUGUCACUGCUUUCAGUGGAUGGUUGAAAGGGGUGCCUCAUAAUGGAUUUAAAGUGGAAGUGUCCAAAGGAAUAAUUCUUCAUUUGGUGGAUGAGGUUGCAAGUUGGUUACCUGGUGACCGGAUUGUCAUUGCCAGUACAGAUUAUUCUAUGCACCAGGCUGAAGAGUUUAAUCUCCUUCCUUGCCCUGAAUGUAAAAGUAACCAAGUGAAAAUUGAGGGCAAACCGCUUUAUCUUCACAUUGGAGAAGUCAUUGAUGGCAUAGAUAUGAGGGCAGAAGUUGGUCUUCUGACUAGAAAUAUACUUAUUCAAGGAGAAAUGGAAGACUCAUGUUAUGGACAAAAUCAAUGCCAGUUUUUCUCCUUUGAUACGUUUGGAGGACACAUUAAAAUCCUAAGGAAUUUCAGCUCUGUGCACAUGUCAGGAGUGGAAUUAAAAAACAUGGGGCAGCAAAUCCUGGGCAGUUACCCUGUGCAUUUUCACUUGGCUGAGGAUGUGGAUGGGAGAGGAGGAUACGAUCCCCCAACAUACCUUGACAACCUGGCUAUCCAUCACUGCUUCACUUCUAGGUGUGUUGCCAUACAUGGAACUCAUGGCCUUCUGGUCAAAGACACCAUUGGCUAUGACACCCUGGGGCACUGCUUCUUCCUGGAGGACGGCACGGAGCAGCGCAACACAUUCCAGCACAACCUGGGGCUCCUGACGCGGCCGGGCACGCUGCUGCCCUCUGACCGCAGCCAGCCCAUGUGCCUGGCCAUCCGCAGCCACGUCCACGGCACCUACAUCCCCGUGCCCAGCACAGACUGCAUGGCUGUCAGCACGUUCUGGAUUGCAAAUCCAAACAACAACUUAAUAGAGAACGCAGCAGCUGGUGCUCAGGAUGUUGGGAUCUGGUACAUCUUCCACCGGGUUCCCACUGGACAGUCUGAGGGGCGGUACCCAGAGGGACAGGCUGAGCACACCCCUCUGGGAGUGUUUUACAACAACAGAGUCCACUCCAAUUUCAAGGCUGGUUUGUUUAUUGGAAAAGGAGUAAAGACAACGAGGGCCAGCGCUGAAGAUCCUAGAGAGUAUCUGACUGUCGAUAAUGCCAGGUUUCGCCCUCACCAGGAUGCUGACCCUGAGAAGCCACGAGUACCUGCCGUGAUUGAGGGGCUUAUUGCUUUCAAAAACAACGACCAUGGGGCCUGGGCCAGGGGUGGUGACAUUAUCUUCCGCAACUCGGGGUUUGCAGACAAUGGAAUUGGGCUCACUCUGGCAAGUGAUGGGACUUUCCCAACAGAUGAAGGCUCCAGGCUGGAGGUUACACGCUCCAUUUUUGUUGGAGAAAGCAGCAACUUUGGUUCCCAGGGAGGCCAAAACAGCUACUGGGGAAAAGGGGCAAAUGGAGAAUACAGAACACUGCCCAGAAACAAGACGUUCCCUAUCCGUGGAUUUCAGAUUUAUGAUGGGCCUCUCAGGAUGGCCAAAUGCACUUUCAGGAAGUUCACCCCAACUGCUGACAGAUACUCAAGUGCCAUCGGGUUCCUCAUGAAAAACCCCUGGCAGAUAAGCCCCCAGAAUAAUGUGUCACAGAUCCUGAUGGAGAAAAGUGUUGGGCUGGAAGUGUUUUUCGGCAGGCCAGGCCAGUGGUUCGGAAGCAACGACGAGGACGGGGACAAGACGUCCAUCUUCCACGACCUGGACGGGUCGGUGACAGGCUACGCAGACACCUUCAGCGGCAGAGCAGACAACUCCCUGCUGCAGCACCCCGGGUGCCUGACGGUGCCGCGCUGGAACGGGCGGCUCUGCACCGGCAGCUUCGCGCAGCUUUACAUCCAGGCCAGACACCCUGAGAACCUGACCUUAUCCAUUGCCAGAGCAGCAUACCAGUCCCAUCCCCUGAGGCUGCGAGGCGUGAACAGAGCAGCACCCUACCAGCAGUACCAGCCCGUCGUCAUGCUGGAGCAGGCUUAUAUCAUCCACUGGGAUGGCAGAGCACCUGAGGACCUCAUCCUGUACCCCAUCAACUUCAACAGAGGAGACUGGCUGCGUGUCGCCCUCUGCUACCCCCGGGGAGCCGUUUUCCAGGUGCUGACGGACAUCUACCAGCGGCGGACCGGGACGGUGCACAGCGUGCGGCGCUACCUCGCCGCUGCCUCCCGGGCCAGCGCUCUUAGCCGCACCGGCGAGCGGCUCUUCUACUUCGACAGAGCCUCCGGGUACCUUUUUGUUCACCUGCAAGCCCGGGAGGCUCGGACAGGACACAGUUACUGCUCUCAGCAAGGCUGUGAGCGUAUUAAAAUCAUGGCACAUAUGUCCCCAGGGGACCCUUGGAGCUGUGACACCAACCCCUUCCCAGAGAGGCCAGCAGCUGCCCAGCGCCCUGUGUCCCAGCACCCCUCUGGACCAUGCAGGGCCUGUGGGGCCCCACAGCUUGCCAUCACUAGCACACCCUCAGUCCAGUACGUCAAGGUCCAGAUCCAGUCUCUCAGCAGCAUGGACAUCCAAAACCACACCUUGGCAUCUGCGUUCAUCAAGAUCAAUGACACCCUUCUCCUGUUCCGCCGCCGUGGCAUAUUCUUCGUCGUGCUGGAUGCAUGUUCAGGAGCAGUCGUGAGCAGGCAGCACUUUGCCACAGUUACUGCUGAAAAUGCUGCCAGGGCAGUGACUGAUUAUGUUCAAACAGCUAUAAAAGAGAGGUCCCUAGUUCUGGUGUGCUCUAGAGGUGCUGCAGCCGUGGUGGGGAGCCCUGAAAUGUCUGUCUUUACCAGGUUAGGUUCAGCAAAGCCUAUUGCAUUCCACAAGGAAGGGAGUUUUGCCAUGCUUGGCUAUAAAGGACAGGCCAAGCCCUCCUGGAUUAAAGUCCUUAAUCAUGCUGCUUAUCAGGAAGCUGCUUCUCUACAGCAUUAUGUUCCCUUGAAGCUGGAGGAAUAUCAGUGUCCAGCUAAUGCUGCCGAGCCGCUGCCGUUCGCUUUGUCUCAGAGCCGCUCAGGGAAGAGCUCUGCAGAGGCUGUGGUAUCCCAGGGUUAG